UCCUGUGCGUGCCCUCGGCCUGCCGCCGCCCGCCCUCCGCGACAUGUCGCUGGUGGCGGAGGCCUUCGUGACUCAGCUGGCCGCUGCAGAGCCUUGGCCUGAAAAUGCUGCAUUGUAUCAGCAACUGAAGGAGGAACAGAUUUUGCUUUCUGAUAAUGCGUCUUCCCUUGCUGUUCAGGCCUUUUUGCAAAUGUGUAAUCUGCCAAUCCGGGUGGUUUGCAGGGCAAAUGCCGAGUACAUGUCCCCAUCUGGCAAAGUACCCUUUAUUCAUGUGGGAAAUCAAGUAGUAUCUGAACUUGGGCCCAUAGUCCAGUUUGUAAAAGCCAAGGGCCAUUCUCUCAGUGAUGGGUUGGAUGAAGUCCAAAAAGCUGAGAUGAAAGCCUACAUGGAAUUAGUCAAUAAUAUGCUCUUGACAGCAGAGCUCUAUCUCCAAUGGUGUGAUGAUGUUACAGUAGAGGAGAUUACUCACCCGAGGUAUGGCUCCCCUUACCCGUGGCCUCUUAACCGCAUUUUGUCCUAUCAGAAGCAAUGGGAGGUAAGGCGAAAGAUGAAAGCCAUUGGAUGGGCUGGCAAGACACUUGAACAGGUGCUUGAAGAUGUAGAUCAGUGUUGUCAGGCUCUCUCCCAGAGAUUAGGAACACAACCAUAUUUCUUCAAUAAGCAACCAACUGAAUUAGACGCUCUGGUAUUUGGACAUCUGUUCACAAUCCUUACUACUCAACUAAUCACUGAUGAACUCUCUGAAAAAGUGAAAAACUACAGUAAUCUCACAGCCUUUUGUCGGCGAAUAGAGCAGCAGUACUUUGAGGGUCACGACAAAGACAGCUCUGCAACUGUUGCAGCCCGAUCUGCUAAGAGGUCCUUGCUGAGAUAAGCGUUUUGUUUGGUGGUUGGAGUGGAUUGCAUUUCAGUUUUGGGUUUUGUUGUUCAAUGAAUUGAUUUUGAGAAUGCAAAUGUGUGUUAGCUUUUUGAAGCUGCCAAAUCAUUCUGGAGCAAGAAAAAACUCUAAAUGCAGUUUUUGUGUUAUAGAAUAUACUGUGCACAUUUAACCUGAAACAACUUUAAUAGCCUGUCACUUUAGAGUAUCUAUAUUAAAAAAAAUAAAAUCCUUUAAAAAGUUUC